AGCCACGUGACCGAACAUUGUGUCCACACGCGUGUGAGAAAUGCCAUUUUGAGUUAAAAUUAUUUUUCAUCAUUCAAUAGUUCGAAAAACGGUUUAAAAAUGGGUAAGAAGAACAAAGGGGGUGGUAGCUUAGGUCGAGCACUAAUCAAGGAUCGAUUUGGGUCUAUGAAGGGCAAAAAAACUGUUGAUGACUCGUCUAUGCUACAUACUGCUGAGAUUGAUGAUGGAUAUAACUGGGGACGCCUCAAUCUUCAAUCAGUCACGGAAGAGAGUUCCUUUCAAGAGUUUCUAUCGACGGCAGAACUCGCUGGGACUGAAUUUCAAGCUGAGAAGUUGAACGUUAUGUUUGUAAAUCCAAAAAGUGGUAUUGGAUUGUUGUCUGCAGAAGAAAAAGCUAAAGUCCUAGAGUCCCAUGAGCAAAACAAAAUGCUUUUAAAAAUACCUAGAAGACCUGUUUGGGAUCACACAACCACUGCAGCAGAAUUGCUAGUCAAAGAAAAAGAGGAGUUUUUGGAGUGGCGAAGGCAGCUAGCACUUCUGCAAGAAGAUGAUGGGUUUAUGUUGACACCGUAUGAAAAAAAUUUAGAGUUCUGGAGACAGUUGUGGCGGGUCGUUGAGAGAAGUGAUGUGGUUGUACAGAUUGUAGAUGCUAGAAAUCCAUUGCUCUUUCGUUGCCAAGAUCUUGAGGUCUAUGUAAAGGAAGUAGAUGAAAAAAAAAUGAAUCUGAUAUUGCUUAAUAAGGCAGAUUUUCUAACCGAAGCUCAGAGGCAGGCGUGGGUGGAUUAUUUUACCGAAAACAAUAUCCAGGUUGCAUUUUUUUCAGCAACGCUUGCAGCUGAUGAAAAAAUACCUGAAGAAACAUCUGAAAAGAGUGGCAGCGAUAAUGGCACAGACGACGAAAAAGGUACAGAUAGUAGCGACGAUGAGGUUCAGAAUGACUCAGAAUCUGAUUCAGAGACAAAGUAUGAAAGUGCUGAAGAUGGUUCUGUCUAUACAGACGAACAUUUUGAGCAAUGUGACGGUGACGAUAAGAGUGAUAGGGUAAGCGGUGAUCAAAAUAUUUCCUCAGACACGCUGAAAUGUGAUACAGACCUUUGUAACUCUGAGAGCGGAAGCCAAACACCAGUUGUUGACCAUAUCGAAACAUCAGGUAAAACAGAUCACGGCAAAGUACAAAAUUCUUCCAAACUUUUAACAAGAGAAGAGUUGAUAACACUUUUAAAGACUAUUUACAAGGGAAAGACAUACCAGCCUGACAUUACAACAAUUGGUUUGGUGGGCUAUCCCAAUGUUGGCAAAAGUUCUACAAUAAAUGCACUGAUAAUGGACAAAAAAGUUUCUGUAUCAGCAACGCCUGGAAAGACCAAACACUUCCAGACAAUAUUUCUCGAUAAAAAUCUUCUCCUUUGCGAUUGUCCUGGAUUGGUAAUGCCUAGUUUUGUAUGCACUAAAGCAGACAUGAUUCUUCAUGGUAUACUUCCGAUAGAUCAAAUGAGAGAUCAUGUUCCUGCAGUUACUCUCUUGGGCACCUUGAUACCGAGGCAUGUAAUCGAAGAUUUAUAUGGAUUCAUGUUGCCUCCUCCGUUGGAAGGAGAAGAUCCUAAUCGUCCACCCCUUGCCGAAGAGCUAUUGAAUGCAUAUGGCUUUAACCGUGGGUUUAUGACGCAAAAUGGUCAACCAGAUAAUCCAAGGUCUGCUCGCUAUGUGUUGAAAGACUUUGUUAAUGGAAGGUUACUGUAUUGCGUGGCACCCCCAGGUCUUGUACAGGAAAAUUUUCACCAGUUCCCUGAACGCAUAAAACUUGGCGUAGUCGACAGGGUCCUACCACCCAGAGCUGUUAGGGCUGUCAAAGGAGUCAGAGUGACAACAGAUGAUUUGGACAAGGCGUUUUUCCAGAAAACAACAUCAGGUGCCCAUGUCAGAGGAAAACUGGGCAAAACUGGUGGUUUACCUGUUAGAAUCGCGCAGAGUGACACGGAUUCGUUGAUUGGUUCAACAUCGACUUUAAACAUUGGUCCCAAGCCAUGGAAGCAGAUCAACAAACAUUCGAAUAAAAAAAAACGUGAAAAGACAAGGCGAAUCUAUGCCCACCUCGAUCAGCACUGAAACUUUUUGCUACUUGGGAGACUCGUUAUUGAAUUGGAAUUCUAACAUUUAGUUACCUGUUUGUUUAUCAUAAGCCUCAAUCCCAGGUUUCCAAGCGCAUAUUAUAAUUCCAUUUAGUGUUGAAGUUCAUAUUGAAGAUUCCUACUUCUAGAUUUUGUUCGAAUCCAGGAGUAUUGAUGGAUUAAAAGUUGGUUCCAUAGAGUUUAUAAAAGAUGUACAUAGCCUAAUGCCUGUGGUAGGAACUAACACCAGUGAGGGUGAUGUAAGCCUGGCUGUAUCCAGACUUAGUCAAAUCAAAAUUGUUUUUGUACUGAGAAAUGUAUUUAUAACAAUAAAGCUGCUGUUUGAUAAAUAA